AUGAACUUAGACCUUGCAAGUACUCUAUGGGACAGUGUCUUAUUCGGUAGAUCUUCGAAUGUUCCGUAUUUGGCAGAGCUCUACCCACCAUCUGGUACUGAUGGAACUGGACAUGGUGGUGUAGGAGGAAGGGAUAGCAUAUGCCCAAGGAGAGUAUGUCAACAUUUGCUUGCUGUCAAUGCUCAUUCUUCAAGAACAAGAAAGUUGGGUUUGAGAGGCAUUAUGAAGUUCUUGUUAGAGAAUAAUCUGAACUGGGGAAAGGGACAAGACUUUGAUGGCAAGUCUGAGGACGCUAUGUUGUUUGCUGCUCGUUGGGCUCUGCAUAACGCUAAGGAGAAUAAGACUACAAUGCUGCUUGGAAGAUCAGAGGAUGGUGCUUAUGUUGUAUAA